AUGGAGGGGUCUCCCCGUCCCCCUUCUGAUCGCGAACGGGAUGUUGCACUGGUACCCGCAGUGUUGCGCCGCGGUCAAUCGGGGAGGAGCAGGCUGCUAGUUGACGAGGAACUGGCGCUCUUUGGCUCUACUUCUCCCGCAGACAAACGCAGAGAGGGGCGUACUGUGCUGCCCGUCAACCGGGAGCUGCUGGCUGGCGUUGAUGCAAAGGGCAAUGAAGUUCCGGUGGAUCCGAAGGGUGUGGAGGACAGCUUAGACAUAUAUUCUGUGCUCAUAGAAUACGCGAAGAUGCCCGGGUUUGUUCCAGAGGGCGUUUAUUGCAUGCCAACGUGGAACGACAUCCGAACGUGGGACGGGGUGGUGUUCCCUAGCCACGGAGUGUACAGGGGAGGAAUCUUUAAAUUCAGAAUUGCCAUUCCUAAGGAUUAUCCGAGCGUGGCGCCGCGCGUCACAUUUCUCUCCAAAGUCUUCCAUCCGCUUGUUGACCCUAAAACUGGAGAAGUCUGCAUUCAGGCGUACUUUAAGGAAUGGAACAGCGAGCGACAUUAUAUUCCAAUGGUGCUGCUGUACUUGAAAAGCAUAUUUUUCUCCAAAGACUUUCUCAGGGGCACUGCUGACAAAAUGAACUGGCGAAAUGAACGCGCCGCGCAGCUUUUCCGAGACGACAAGGCCACGCUGUUGGGCGAAAUACGUCAGUGCGUUAGGGAUUCCCAGGAGCAGUGUUUUGAGGCAGUGCCAAGAGACAACGCGAUUGCAGCAGCUGCGGCUCCUGAUGAACGAGAACCCCUGGCUGCGGCAUCCGACGACUUGAAGGGUUCUCAGACACAUUACCCGGGAAUAGGGAAAGGAGAAAAAACCGAUGAUGAGACAGGCUUUGUAUUCAAUUUUCAACCUUUCCACCGCCAUCAGAAGCCCUUGCUGCAUGCAAUUUCGCUAUUGGUCGUGGAUGACGCAUGUGCGGACCGUACUCAGGCGUUCGUUGAAUGGUUCAUCGACGACUGGUGCAAAGCCGAGUUUGAAAAGGAAGAAAAACGAGAAGAACAACAACAAGUGUAA